AUGCAUACCUUUUGUUACUGUGUCGUUGUCACUGUUACAGGUUAUGCAUCUGUACGAAACGUGGACGUCAUGAGACUUCUUGGUGAUGGUGGUAUUCUUCACACCAAAUUCUGGAUUGUUGAUGCGCUGCAUGUUUAUAUUGGUUCAGCAAAUAUGGACUGGAAGUCCCUCACAGAGGUGAAAGAGCUAGGUCUUAUCGUUUGGAACUGUACUUGCAUAGCCAAUGAUUUGUCCAAGAUUUUCAAUAUUUACUGGCGGCUGGGUAUUAAGGAUGCAAAAAUUCCCUACAAAUGGCCGUUAAAUUUACGCACGCAUUUCAACUUCACCAAUCCACUGAAGCUUUCUACGACUGAGGAUAAUAUAGCAACGUUCAUAUCGAGUUCUCCACGACAGCUUAAUGCGAAAGGGCGCGAAGAGGAUGGCGAUGCAAUUGUUGCUGUAAUGGACGACGCGCGCGAUUUUGUGCAUAUUUCAGUAAUGGAUUAUUUGCCAGCAACUCUCUAUAGGGCACCCAGUAAUAACAGUUACUGGUCCAAAUUGGACGAUGCAAUACGCGCGACGGCAUAUCGAGGAGUGAAUGUUCGACUUCUCAUCAGCGAUUGGAAAUACUCGCGGCCUGAAAUGAUUUCUUUUUUGAAAUCGUUGCAGGAAAUUAAUGACGGCUUACCAAAGAAACUAAAUCGUUCUGGAAGAAUUGAAGUGCUUCGGCCGGUGUCGUUUUGUAUACAGGCUUUCUACGACCACAAAUACCAGUUCCUUUUGUUCUGA